AUGGAGAAGAGGCAAAGAGAUUUUCUCUUAUUUGCGGGCUUACUGUGCCUAAGUGCCCUAGCUGAGUCUGCAACUGUAAGAACAAUACCAGUCGGAGUGAUUCUGGAUUUGAGUUCAUCACUUGGUCCCACGGUUCAUGAUUGCAUCAACAUCGGACUCCAAGAUUUGCAUUCCUCAGAGUCUUCCCAUGAAACAAAGCUCCAAGUUCAUUUCAGGGAUUCCCAUGGCGAUCUCCUCACUGCAGCUUCUGCAGCUUGGGAUCUAAUAAAUGGAACAAAGGUGCAUGCAAUCCUGGGACCCCAAAACUAUGAGCAAGCAAGGUAUGUUGUAGAACUUGGUAAGCAGUACGAUGUACCAGUGAUUUGGUUUUCUCCAUCUGGUCCAUCUCUUUUGCCACCUCGUUCCCCAUUUUCCAUCUACUCCCGCUCCACUAGAAGCCAUUGCCUUCAGUUCGAAGCUGUCGCGGCCAUUAUCAGAGCUUAUAAUUGGCAGUCUGUGGUCCCCAUUUAUGAAGAGCCAGACUUCGGCAAUGACCUCAUUCCAUGUCUCACUUAUGCCUUGCAAGAAAUGGACACUCUAGUGCCUAACGUAAUUAGCAUUCGUCGAGGUUCCAAUGAUUCUGAAAUCGCCGGCGAGCUCGACAAGAUAAAACCCGAACGAACAUAUGUGUUUCUUGCCCAUAUGACGGUGGAGCUUUGGUCAAGACUUGUGAAACAUGCAAAAGAUAAAGGGAUGAUGAGUCAAGGACACGCUUGGAUACUUACACAAGGCUUAUCCUCAGUGAUAGAUCCGGAAGCUAGAGAUAUAAAAGUGAAAGGCUACAUGGAUGGUGCUUUGGGUGUGAGGCCAUCAGUUUCUGUGAGGCAAUCACUGAAUGUUUCCAGCAUUAUAGCUAAGCGCUUUUCCUUAGCGAGAACAUUAAAGUUUGAGUACAAUAAAACUCUUUCUCUAUCUGGCAUGUGGGCUUACGACACUAUCACGGCAUUGGCCAAUGCGGUAGAGAAGGCCAGCUUAGGUGAUUCUACUUUCGGAUAUGGGAAUGAAAGUAGAGUUGAUCUUGAAGAUGGAGGAAUGCGCAACGAAACAGGCCCAAAACUUCGCAGAAAAAUUCUGGCUACUAAUUUCGUAGGCCUGUCAGGGAAUUUCAGUUUGAGGCUAGGACAACUAGAACCAUCAAAAGUUGUGGUAUACAAUAUUGUGGAAGGCCUAAAAGAAAGGAUCAUUGGGUAUUGGAGACCCGAAAUAGGACUUUUUCAAAAUUACAGUGAAAAUGGCGAACCAGCUGGUAAAUACAAACUAAGGGACCCGAUAUGGCCGGGUAACACGACGGAGAGACCACCAAAGUUGAAAAUUGGGGUCCCAAAGACGCAUUUUACUCAAUUUGUUGAUGUUAAUGUGGGUGUAGAAGGGCAGAAUGUAUCAACUUCUGGCUUGGCUGUUGAUGUAUUUAAAAGAGUGGUUGAUGUUUUGCCAUUUCCUUUACCUUAUGAGUUUGUGCCUGUGAGCAAUGGAGAGCUGACUCCCUCCACCUAUAAUGAUCUUCUCUGCCAUAUCACAGACAAGGCAAGUCUUCAUUCAUCUCUGUUGCUUCCGAUCAAUUGUUUUACUUUCAUCAGCUUUUAUGUUUCUCAGUUUGUCAUAAAGGAAAGUCAGGCAUGUGUUUGCAUAGUUUCAUUGAUGAUUUUAUUCCCCCUGAAGCUUGGAUAUACUCAAGAACAUCCCAGGAAAUGA